AUGGAUCGCAAACAUGAAGUCACCACGGCCGAAAAGUCCUUCGACAUUGCCAUUCCUGAGCAGCCUGUGACUGAGGAGCGCAAACCGUACAAGCCGUCCAAAUCUGAAGCGUUGGCCGAUCUGGGCACUGCGAGAGCAAACAUCGCCGCUGACACAAAGCAUCCCAAUGGCACUGUGGAAGGCGGUUUUGCCACUCGCAACAAGCACCGCACUGUCGUUCAGCAGCACUGUGACUACUUCGACCCUGAUGGUGACGGCGUCAUUUGGCCCUCAGAUACGUAUCAUGGCUGUAGGAAAUUUGGUUGGAAUAUAUUUCUCAGUGUUUUGGCGACAUUCAUCAUCAACUUCAACCUGUCGUAUCCGACCGUACCAGGAAUCUUACCUGACCCGUUCUUCCGAAUCUACCUCGACAGAGUGUACAAGUGCAAGCACGGCAGUGACAGCAUGACAUUCGACACCGAAGGCAGAUUCACUCCACAGCACUUCGAGAACAUCUUCGCCAAGUACGACCGUGACAACAAGGGCGGACUGACCUUCGGAGAUGUGUGGAGCUUCUGGAAAGGUCAACGCAUGGUGCUUGACGUGUUUGGGAUCAGUGCCACCCUUCUUGAAUGGACAGCGGUGUACUUGUUGCUCUGGCCAGACGACGGGAUCAUGAAGAAGGAAGACAUCCGCGGCGUGUACGACGGCAGCAUAUUCUACCGGAUGGCAGACGAGCAUGCGAAGAGGACAUGGAACGUCCAGAAGAAAGGGUGGUCCUUGUUCCAGCCUGCAUUGCUUGUUUCAGCCUGUUGCUUGGGGAUCUUCAUGAGCAGCAAAGACCACCUGAAAGCCUCAACCUAG